AUGAUUGAAACUCCUAUAUUAUCUAGAAACUAUCAAUUAGAAUUGGUUGCCUCUAAAUAUUCAGUUCAAGACCAACAUAUGGUGAGUCUGGGACCUCUCCCACAUAAAUUGAAAGAAGUAAAAGAGUUGGUGCUUUUAGUGAAUACUACGUUGAAUGAUAACUUAGACACCUUUUUAAUACCUGAUAUUCCAGUGAAUGGUCAAAUAUUACAUCAUAAUAAUACAUCAGUUACAUAUGAAGAUUCUCUGCAAUUCUUGUUUGAUAAUGCCCAUAAAUUCAAUGACCCAUCUAAUCCUUUAACAAUAACCUUACAAUUUAGAUUAGGUAUCGAAGAUGAUGGAACUUCAAUGGAUGAUCUAUUAUUAAAAGCUAAUCAUCUCAAAUUAAUCGGAUGCUUUAAAUUUAAGUUUUAUAUAUUCAAAAUAGUCACUCAUCAAAAACUUGAUAAGUUUAAGAUGCCACCUGUAGAAUAUUAUAAAUAUUUGAAUUGUAUAGGAUUUAGAUUUGAUACUGAUAUUAUUCCCACAAUUCCAUUUGAAUCACGAGAAGAACUGAAACAUAACUAUAUCAGAACUGUAAACUAUCAUAUACCAAUUACAAUUUGGUGGUUAUCGAAAGAUCUUGAAGAGUUACACUUGGGUCAAAAAAUUAGGUUACUUGGUACAAAAUAUGUUGAUUAUAAAUUUCCAAAAUUGGUUAAUCAUAGCUUUGAAUGUUAUGAUCAUGUUACAGAAAACAAUUGGACUAAAUUCUUUGAAAAGAAUGAUUCAAUCAAGUGUUUAACUUUAAGGAACUUUCAAGCUGGAUACUAUCGUCAUUUUGAAAAACUUGACAAGAUCACCCUUAUAGGAUUUGAAACUAUACUUAAAAGUGUACAGUUGAAAGGGAAUUUGUGGCUGGCUAAAAUGAUUUACCUACAUGGGGUUCCAGUGGAGUUUACUUCGGUAGCUGCCCAAAAAAGACAUGUUGAAACUGAGACUCUAUUCUACCUCUGGUCAACUGAAGUGACUAAAACUACUACUGACAGUCUUAAAUUAUUGUCGAAAGUGUACAAGUUCGAGUUGGUUGAAAUUCCUUUCUUACCUUAUUGUCAAACAUCGUUGAAGAGCGAUGCUUACCGUAGGAACUUACAUAGGAAUGAUCAUUUAGUUGAAAUAAUCCCCCCAUCUGAAUUUAUAUAUGAAACUGUAUAA